GGGCCCAGACCGGUGAAUGAAAGAUGGCGUUAUCUGUGGAUUCUUAUUCGCGAUCCGCCAAUUGAUCCCUCCGCUGGGGAGCUGUAGCGUCCCUGAUUCGUCCAGCUUGAUUAAACUUAGUCAACGGACCGUGCCUGAGCCAUAAUUGACCGACCGGCGCAUGCUCCGAGUACGGCUUUGGCUCUGGUUUCGCACUGGUUUUUGCUCUGGCUUCAACUUUCUCGGAGCAAUUGACAAAUUGCGGCGGAGUGGGGCUUGCAGCGGAAGGUGCACGCGGCGGAUCUUCGGCGGCUCACGUGGGCGACUGACCAGUGAAUUUUUCUUAUCUAAAGCUUGCGCGGAAAAAGCUCGUCUGGUGCGGAGUCGAUUUUGGUUGUUGCUUCGACUUAGAGCCUUCGAUGUUGCUGAUUGCUGUUGCUGCUCUUCUUCUGGAUUGGAACAUCCCCACGGGCCUGAAAGACCAGACCAGACAUUUUUGAAGUUAGAGGGGGAGCGAUCAUCCUGUCAGGUGUUUUUUUCUCCGGAAUACAAAAGAAGUCCACUCCAAGACAGUGUUUCAAUCAAAGGCGGGAUUAGAUCUGCAGAAGGAGGGAUGCAGCAGCGGGUGGUAGGGUGGCGGUGGCCAAGAAUGAGCCACUGCUUACUUACUCGGGCAUCCGUGGAUGGCAGUGUGUACGGAGUACGGAAGUAGCUUCCGACACUACCCGUCAUGCGGGCAAACAGGAUUCAUUGUUUGGAAGCCAUGACAGGCUAAGUUGAUCAUUGAUGAUGGGGGAGAAGGUUUGACGGUGAUAGGAUGUGUGAGUUGUGUAUGUGCGUGUGUUGAGAGACGAACAGGAGAGGGAGAAAGCAAGAAGUCACGAUGACGUUCUUCUCACAUCAGCGUCACCGCCCGGGAAUCUGCCGCGACCGUCAUCUAUAAACAU